AUGUCGAAAUAUCUGGAAAUUCCAAACUCGGCGUUGACUCCGAUGUGUCUUCGCAAAGAAGCCGACGCCUACAUGCUUGAAGAGCUCCGCAAAUAUCUCGUCGAUUUUCACGAUAAUCCGGAUGGAAGUUCGAAAGGAAAAGAGGCAGAACUCAUUCAGAUGUUGAUGAAUGCGUCUGGACAACGUUUGAGAAUGUACGGAACAGCUCGCGAGUAUGUGGAGAAUCUGAAAAUUUUCAGAAAUUUCUCGAGUAGCCACAUUUAUUUCAAUACGGACGUUGAUUCGUAUCAGACAAAUCCCAUCAUGUAUCACAACACGAAAAACAAGGAAUACAUAAUGAAAUCGGAUUUGUUUCCGAUUCUCCAGAAUAUCACAAUUCGAAAUAGUCCGGAAUUCACAUUUGAAUUCAUCUCGCUCAUUGCGUAUUUCUUGAAGACUCAAGAGGAGAAAUUGAAUGGAAAACUGGAAUUCGUGAGAUUCGAUCAAAAGAUUUUGGAGGAAAUCGAGAAAGAGUACAAGUUGGAAUAUCGAAAGAAUCGAUUGGAUGCGAAAAACAGCGAAAAAUUGAUGAAAGAAAUGUCGAGAAUGAACUUCACUCAAUGGAUUAAUAAAAUCAAAUCGUUGGCUCCGAAUAUUUGGAAAAACGAGUGGAGAGAGCAACGUCUUCGUAAUACUCUCGGAUCGAGUCUCAACACCUUGCCUGCUCCGACUCGUUUCAUGUUCGUCGCGGCUCUUUAUCUUGCCGUAUAUCCAGCAUUCAAGUCACUUCAGAAGAUUAUCGAUAAGAGAUCGAAACUCUUUUCUGUGGGUUCGAAUAAUAACAAGUACAAUAGUAAUCCACCGACCGUCCGAGUGUUCGAAGACGGAAAUCAGAAAUUUGUGAUGAAAUCUGAACUUUUUGGAGCGAUUUCGAUGGAAUCGGAGGACGAAAACGACGUUUUUCACACGAUUGACAUGAAAGAAGUGAUUCAGAAAUAUGGAAAACUUAAUAUUGAGUUUCUCCGCCAUCCAAUCCGCCGUACUAAGCACCGAGCAGUCCCAAUCAGAGGACCCGGCUCCGUAGAGAGCUCCAACGACUUUUUUAUUCUCGCCGUCGAUGCUCUCUUUGAAUUCUUGAAAGAUAUCAUUAUCGGAUCGAAAAUAUUCCAGAAUGAUGAUUUCAGCAGAUUUUCAGAGGUUUUCAAGGAUUUGGAGCAGUUUUUUAAGUCGGAAUUGACCGAACCAUACUUCAUCAGAAUCCGAGCAAUUGAAAAAAUGAAGGAAAUGAUGCUGAAAAUCACUGAAAAUGAUAUGGAAACCAGUGAAAAAGAUGUCAGAAAUGUGAAUUCUGAUGGAUUUUCGGUGGAGAUGCUGAAAGAUGAGCUGAAAUUCCUUGGAUUGACUGAAACAUUUCCUGAAAUCGAAGAAUUUUCUGAAAAUGUGUUUUCCAAAAUGAAAAAAUUGAAGAAAGGACGAGUUCUGACGACUUCUGAUAUGUAUGAUGCGGUGGAGAUGUGUCAGAUCAAUUGUGUGAUGAAGAGAGUCCCAAAUCUCCAAAAGUUCUUGCACAACCAAAAAGGAUGCUCCAGAAUCCCGGGACUUCAUUGUGAAGGUUGCAAGACGUCAGAUCUUCAGAAGUCUAUGAAAAAUCUGAAAAUUAGUGAAACUUCUGAAUGUCUCAUCUGCUGCAAUGAGAUCAAUUCGAAAGACACGGCGAUGAAAUGCCCAUUGUGCAAGAAAAGAUUCCAUUCGAAUUGUGCACUCAACUGGCUCAAAGAGCACAAACAAUGCCCGACGUGCAAUGGAAAUCUGCAGGAGAUUAUCAUCGAUUCCUAA